UCAGGGCAUGGGCACAAGUGACCAAACACUGCAAACAAAAUGCUGCUUCUAGCUUCAGCUUUUUUUCUAACAGUACUGCAGUGCUCUAAUGCCCAAAACGAAAUAAGCAUUGAACCUGCAGACUGUAACACCAUUGAAACAGAUGCAGGAGUGGCCCUGGAUUUGGUCAACAGGCAUCGCAGAGAUGGUUAUGUUUUUGGUUUAUUCCGUGUUGCUGAUGCACAUGAACUACAUUUAGGAAAUUCAACGGUACUAUACUUAACUUUGGAUGUGCUGGAAACGGAAUGCUCUGUCUUAUCCAGAAGACACUGGGAGUCCUGUGAAUACAGUGACAUCUAUCCAAUGGACUUUGGGCAAUGUAAGAUUAUCACAUAUACAAACCAUCUGCUGAAGAAACCUCAACUAUAUGGAUUUAAUUGUACAUUAAGUCCAGUUCCACCUGACUUAGUAGAGUGCAAAGAUUGUCCUGUGAAACUUGAAGCCUUAGAAGUCACUGAGCAACAUAAAGAUAUUGCUGCAAAGGCCCUGAAGAAAUUCAACAGUGAAGGUAAUCACACAAACAACUUUGCUGUGGAUAAAGUUGAAAGAAUUUUAAAGAUGACUGCCUCCCGUGAAGGUCACAUAUUAGGAUUCUCUAUAAAAGAGACCAACUGUUCAAAAUCUAUGCAGGAAACAGAUCAGGCAUUGGAAUGUGAUUUUCUGCAUGACUGGCACACUCACACGGGAUUCUGCAAGGCAAGAAUUAUCAGUGAUGCAGAUGAAGCUGAUGGAACAGAUAUAAGCUGUGAAAUCUACCAUCCCUGGCACCAUGGCUGUGGGCGAAGAUGGAAACAUUCAGCUCUGGGACAUCCACACAGACAUCCCCACUGUCAUCAUCAUUUUGGUCACAGACAUCACCAUAAGCAUCACCACAGACAUGAAUGCCCCCCCUCUUCUCAGUCCAGACCUGAAGACCCUGAGCAUAACCCCAAAUCUAGCAAGGAAGAUCAAGACAGCAACAAAGGACUUUCUUCUCCCCCUCCUCCCCAUGAUGAACCAGAUCAUGACCAUCCUCCUCACCACCAUGGACCACCCUGUCCCCUUCCCCAUGGACCAGGUCACCACCACCCUCCUCACCACCAUGGACCACCCUGUCCUCCUCCCCAUGGACCAGGUCACCACCACCCUCCUCACCACCAUGGACCACCCUGUCCUCCUCCCCAUGGACCAGAUCAUGACCAUCCUCCUCACCACCAUGGACCACCCUGUCCUCCUCCCCAUGGACCAAAUCAUGACCAUCCUCCUCACCACCAUGGACCACCCUGUCCUCCUCCCCAUGGACCAGGUCACCACCACCCUCCUCACCACCAUGGACCACCCUGUCCUCCUCCUCAUGGACCAGGUCACCACCACCCUCCUCACCACCAUGGACCACCCUGUCCCCCUCCUCAUGGACCAGAUCAUGACCACCCUGCUCACCACCAUGGAUGGCACUGUCCCCCUCCUCCAGGACACCCUCCUCAUCACUGUCAUCACUGUCACAGACAUCAUCACAACAAGACAAGCAUAUCAGGAAAGUAUUUUCCAUGCCAAGUAACAGGAGCUGUCUAUCGCAUCCCAGUUCCAAAUCAGCAGGAUUCUCUCACACCUCCCACUGCAAACUUUCCUGAACUAUCCCAAUGCAACCUUCACUUUUCCAGCACUGGCUCAAAACUAAAAGAAAUGGCAGAAGAUCCAGGCUUUCCAGAUCACCCUACACAAUCAAAAUCAUGCCCCGGAAAACCCAAACUUGACCUCCCAAAGAUUUUGCCUUUAUUUCCUCAUAGCCUUGUAACAGAAAAUUCUCCUAUAUGACCUCAGAGAAAGAUGUUCCUGGCUCAAUAAUUUCAUGGGCAACUGCAGUCCUACAGUCAGUGAAAACAGCACAUGGAGAAGUGGGAAAAGCAUUCUGUUUCUAGGAAGGAGAAUCACUGAAGAUAAUCAUUAUAUAUUUCAACCUGCUUCUUCAUCAUGGCUAUCUCAAGCUCCACUGUAACUGAAAGGCUCAAAAUUCUGAGUCCCUCAGAUAAUGUGAAUGGGUAAAAAUCUCCCCAGAAAAUGAUGCUCCUUCAGUUCUAACAAAAAGGAAAAUUCUCUAAUAAUGGAAAUUACCAUCUAAAAUCUUUCCUUUUUUCAUCAUUCAUAACUAUAAUGUACUUCUCCAAGGAAUCUGACAUAGAGGAAACUGGACUGCUUUCCAUAAAAAAGUAAUCCAUAACACUACAUUCAUGCUUUAUACAGAUUUAUAGAAAAUAAAAAAUUCAAGCAUUUUUUCUUGA